CGCUCAGUCGCAGAUUUCAAUUUAUUUAAUUCUCUCUCCGUAUCGCGGCCUUGUUUUGACGGGAGCAAUUUUCCGGGAUAACUAACUCCUCAACUGUCUGGGUUUCAUCGCCUUUCGUUCUCUCAACGCCGUGAAAAUAAAAUUCCUCAAGAAGUUCUAGGUCAAAGCGACGCCGGAGUGGUAUUCACUAUACACCGGUUCGAUUUCCAUCGUUAUUUGAUUAUCUUCUCUCCUGCUUUAUACACGGUGUGGUCGCGAAGGAAAGUAACAGUCGAUUUGUAUGAGAAUUAUUGUCAGUUAAAGGAGAUGAGCAACAACACAAGCAUCAACGUUUCUCAUGAUGCUCUGGUUGUUAAACCCGAGCACCCUUAUGGUUCCAAAGGGAAUCAUGCUCUCCCUCAAGAUUCAGAAGAGAACAGAGGAUCACUAGGUGCGCAGAGUAGCACUAGUGUGGUUGAUCAGGUCCGGACGCCACCUGAUGAUUCCGGUAUCACUUCUUCAGCGUCUACCAUAUGCCCUGCACCUGUUUGUAGGCAAUUCUGGAAAGCUGGGAGCUAUAAUGAUGAAUUGAGUUCCAAGUCUCAGCAACCAACUGGAAAAAAUUAUCUUCAUGUGCACCCUAUGUUCCUUCACUCCAAUGCUACUUCACAUAAAUGGGCUUUUGGUGCUGUUGCAGAACUGCUUGACAAUGCUGUUGAUGAGAUCCAAAAUGGGGCCACUUUUGUCAUUGUAGAUAAAACCACAAAUCCAAGGGAUGGUACACCAGCAUUGCUAGUUCAAGAUGAUGGUGGUGGGAUGGAUCCUCAGGCAAUGCGGCAGUGCAUGGGUUUCGGAUUCUCAGAUAAGAAAUCGGAUUCAGCCAUUGGAAGAUAUGGUAAUGGUUUCAAGACCAGCACAAUGAGACUUGGAGCAGAUGCCAUUGUUUUCAGCCGCCAUUUCAAGAACCAAACAUGGACACAAAGUAUAGGGCUCCUUUCUUAUACCUACCUGACACGUACUGGCCAUGAUAGAAUAGUUGUUCCCAUUUUGGAUUUCGAGUAUAAGGCAUCAACUAGCGAAUUUGUGACAUUGCAAGACCGGGAACGUUAUAUAUCCAGUCUCUCCAUUCUACUAGAAUGGUCUCCAUUUUCAACCGAGGCAGAACUUUUGCAGCAGUUUGACGACAUUGGAUCACAUGGAACAAAGGUUAUUAUCUAUAAUUUGUGGCUCAACAGUGAUGCUAAAUUGGAAUUAGACUUUGACUCGGCUGUAGAGGAUAUUCUCAUUGAAGGAAACAUUAAAAAAACUGGAUGUAAGAUUACAAAUGAUCAUAUUGCAACACGGUUUUCCUACUCUCUUCGUGUUUACCUAUCCAUACUAUACUUGCGGAUUCCUGAGGCUUUCAAGAUUGUGUUGCGUGGUAAGGUUGUCCAACAGCAUAACGUUGCUGAUGAUCUCAAGCAUCCGCAGUACAUCUUGUAUAAGCCUCAUGUUGCUGGACAUGAAGAGGGUGAAGUUGUAACGACGAUUGGAUUUCUGAAAGAAGCUCCCAAAAUAAACCUUAAUGGGUUCUGCGUUUAUCACAAAAACCGCCUAAUAAUGCCAUUUUGGCAGGUCGUGAGCAACUCAAACAGCAGAGGAAGAGGAAUUGUUGGUGCUCUAGAAGCUAAUUUUGUUGAGCCAACCCACAACAAGCAGGAUUUUGAGAAAACGGUCCUUCUUCAGAAGCUUGAAAACCGUUUAAAGGAGAUGACAAUGGAGUAUUGGAAUUGCCAUUAUGUGUUGAUUGGAUAUCAAGAUGUUAAUAAGCCUCGACCUAAGGUGCCUCAAAAUGUACAACCUGGCGGUAGGCCAAAUGCCAACAUGCUCCGGAAGAAUUCUGCUGGAUAUAGUGGCAGACAAACAAUGAGCCCUCCUCCAGGCUUCCCAGCAGUUUUUAAUAACACAAACUUGGCAUCUCUCCCUAGAGUUUCAGCUGAGCCAGUGGUGUUAGAAAAGAGGAAAGAACAUCCUGAUCUUGUUGCAAGUGCUGCGUCAAGAAGAAAGGUGGGAAGUGAUGGCUUCACUGUCCCGGGGCAUAUUCGUGUUGAACAGUUCAUUCAAGGAUCUGCUAAUCAGUCACAAGAUAGUGAAAUUGUCAAGUUGAUGGAGAAAAACAAGAAGCUCCGAGCAAAAUGGUUGGACCACAAGGUGCGAAGUCAAACUCUUGAAGUCAAGGCCAUGAAUCUAAGCAGUGAGCUGGAGAAGGUUAAAAGUGAGUAUGAAAGGCUAAUGGAAGAGCUACAAGCUUUGAGUGUGGUGAAAGAGGAGCGCAGUAGACAUGUAAAUACGUAGAAGGUUUUCUCUGACACACCUUUUGGCUCGCCAUAACAUAUCCUUCUUCUUCUAGGUGGAAACUAAAAGUCCUUAAUUUUCUCUCUGCUACGCAAGGAUAACUUGGGCCCUAGGGAAACACAAAACAAACUGUGAAGGGAAAAAAAGGAUCCAUGUUUAUGAAACUAAGAUAUCAUUUUAUCUAACAGUCGGAAAAAGUUUUUGAACACAGUAAUGUAUCAAUAUUGCAAAUUUCAAAAUUUUAAUCAGAGCAUCAAUCAGUCUUUAA